CACACAUCCAAUUCGAUUGCGUCGAUCUCGGUCGUCGGAGGCGGUGCAGCUGCUCUACCCCCGCACCGCGCAUGGACGCCAACACCCAAGCCGGCGACAACGUGAAGGCCGACUCGACGGACGGCUUUCACAUCCACUUCACGGCAGCCAACUUCCGGCCACAGUACCAACGCAACAACAAAAAGGGCGGGUUGAAAAACCUGCGGUGUUUUCCGAAUUGUUGUAGCGGCACGCACGCGACAACGGGUUUCUGCGGGGGCUCGGUCCUCGUUGGCGUUCGCCCCGAGCACGUCCGCGGCCGGCGGCAGCUCGCCAUCUACGCAGAGUUUUGCAGCAUCGUGGAUGGCCGCCCCCAAGGCCACGCGUCGCUGCAUGACACGUUCACCCAAGCACAGAUCCACGAUCUGUCCAACAAAGACCUGGACGUCCAUGCUCCAUGGUACACUGGCGACGUCCUCCAAGGCUCCCACGAAGAAGGAUACAUCUACAGCAUCAACACAUUCAAGCGCGGGUGGCACUACGGGUGGACGAGCAACCGGCACACGAGCAUCACGCAGCAUGUCCUGUGCGUGUACGCGUUCGAGUUGCAAGGAAGUUAUGCGCCCGGCAUGAUCCCAAACGACGCGGUCUGGACAUGCAUCUGCGCGUCGCCGAGUCCGCAGUUUCAACUGUACUGCCGACGACGAGCAAAGGCGCGGACGUCGGCCGCCACGAAAGAGCCUGCCUUUGAAGACGACGACGAUGACGACGCCGCGAUCAAGGUUGAAAGCCCCGACGAUUACGAGGACGACAACGAUAGCGUCGACUACCAGUACGAGCCGAGCAAGCGCCACCGACGAAGCCAAGACGUUGACGGCACAACCAACCAGUUUGACGCCUCGUUCGUCCAGCCUCAUCCAGUGCAUGUCGACGAGAGCAGGACCAUGGUCCAUCGCCCGCUCCCCCCACGCCACUAUGCGUCCGCCGACCGCGAAUUCCUCCUCCCGCCAUCGUGUGUGAUGGAAAUCCCAGAGCUCGUCGAUUUCUGUAAAAUGCAAGAUUGAACCCAUCGUGAUCCCA